AUGGGGGAGCGCCCUCCGAGGCCGAUAUUAAGGGAUCUUAGGCCGGAGACCGCAGCCACUGCGGCAACUACAGAAACUGCGAUGUCAUAUUCGACUACAGGGUCGAAACGGACUAUUAAGUACGGUACAGGAAAACAUGCGAACAUCGAACUGUCUCCACAACCCAGUGAGGAUCCCGAUGAUCCUUUGAAUUGGCCGUUAUGGAAGAAGCAUCUGAAUCUAGGAGCGUUGCUUUCUAUGGUCGCACUAGUGGGAACGAUGAAGACGGCUUAUAUUAGCGUAAACAGUGUUAUUGCAAUGGAGGAAUUGGCCUCAUAUACGGCAGUGGUGGCCUUAACCGCCGCUCCAUUAAUGGUUUCUGCGAUAACGGGGUUAGCUUCUUUAAUAAUAUCGAGGAUAUGGGGCAAGAGGCCGGUAUAUUUGAUUUCAAUGGUGAUGAUAUUUAUAGGGACUGCUUGGAACACAAGAGUGAGGGGGGAUCUGGCGCAGAAUAUGGCGGCGAGAAUAUUCCAGGGGUUGGGCUGGGGCGCCUUCGAUACUCUGGUCCUUGGGUCGAUAUACGAUACAUAUUUUGAGCAUGAGAGGCAAUCUAAGAUUAUCCUUUAUUAUGCUAUCUCAGUCGCAACUAUGCUGGGCUCUCCGCUCCUUGGCGGCAUUAUUGCUUCAGCUGGUCCUAGGGGAUUCGAGUUGCAGUUCGAGAUUAUGAGCGCCUUCUUAACGCUCUCCAUCUUAUUGCUUGUGCUGGGCGCUCCAGAGACGAUGUACGAUCGUGCCACAUUGGACGUCCAGAUACCAACCAUUCAACGUUCCCAGUCGCUCUGGCCGAACAUAACAUACACAAAAGAAGCUGCUAUGAAGUACAUUGCUAAGAUGAAGCCUUGGUCAUACCGGGCGAACGAAAUCAACCUCCCACUAAUAUUGCAAGCCCCCCGAGCCAUAAUCGCACCGACGACCGCACUCCUUUUUGCUGUGACCCUUCUACCAUAUGCUGGUUUCUGGAGCAUACUACACUCGCUUUCGAUGCUCUUUUCCCCCCUUCCUUUCAUGUUAUCUUCGACGUCUAUCGGAUUCUUAAUGACAGUCCCCUUUCUCCUUGCUACCCCUAUAGCUGUUGCGCUUGCCUUUCCUUCAGUUAUUAAGCGCUUUUCGCGAAUUGUCCAUCUCAUAACGCUUGUUAUUGGUACUACCUUUGCUUCAAUUGGGAUGUUAGGGUUUGGCCUCUACGUCUCUGGAUCGAUGGAAAUGUCUGCAGAUAUCUCAGCAAUGCCCUUCGCCAUGCCAUGGGGCUCUAGCUUAGAUCAGGUCAGCCUCGCAGUAGUGUCCUUCCUUCUCGGACUCCUGGCGGCUGGGUCUCUGGCUCUGGACAGCACGUUCUGGCCCGUCAUCCAGCGAUCUACAGCUUUCACUUCGGCGAAUCUUGGAGUUUGCCUGCGCAACACAGCGGAUAUGCACGGUAGUCUUACGUGUUUCCGCAAUAUUGUUGCAGGUGCCCUUAUACUAGGCCUCCCUAAUAGUGUUCUUUCGUGGGGUGAUCUUAAGAUGGCUACAAUGGGUCUGGGAAUCGCGCAGAUCAUUAUAACGAUAGCAGCAUGCGGCGUGUAUUGGUACUGGGAUGAAAAUGUGAGACGGCUCGAUGGCCGGAUAAUGGGUCUUAUUGAUUUAGCGUUGUUGAGAGAAACGGCUAGCAUUUUCGAGACGGAUUAA